AUGACUUCCUGCUACAUCAACUCAUCCCACUGCCUGGGCAGCACCAAGAUGCCUACAGCAACAAAUGUCUGUGGCCCCUGCAUUGACAUUGGAGGCCAGCCUGGGUCAGAGGCCAAGGCUGCGUCUCUGUGCCUGUCGGCCACCAUCGCACAUGCCAACCGACCACGUGUUGGGGCAACCCCUCUGGGCCAACCCAGCCUCUGUAUGCCCCACAGCUGCCAAACUGCUUGCCCCUUGCCAGGGACCCGCAACAUUCCUGGCAACAUUGGAGUCUGUGAGAACUAUGGGGAGGGCGCUCCCAAUGGCCAUGAGAAGGUGACCAUGCAGUUCCUGAAUGAUCGCCUGGCCAACUACCUGGAGAAGGUGCGCCAGCUGGAGAGGGACAAUGAGGAGCUGGAGACCAAGAUCCGAGAGUCAAGCAAAUGCCAUGAGUCCACUGUGUGUCCAGACUACCAGUCCUACUUCCAGACGAUUGAGGAGCUCCAGCAGAAGAUCCUGUGUAGCAAGGCUGAGAAUACCAGGCUGAUUAUCCAAGUGGACAAUGCCAAGCUGGCUGCUGAUGACUUUAGAAUCAAGCACGAAAGUGAGCUCUCCCUGCGCCAGAUGGUAGAGGCGGACAUGUGUGGGAUGCACAAGCUCAUGGAUGACCUGAGCCUGGCCAAGGCUGACCUGGAGGCCCAGCAGGAGUCCCUGAAGGAGGAGCUGCUCUGCCUCAAGAGGAACCACGAACAGGAAGUGAGCAUUCUGAGGGGCCAGCUGGGGGACAAGCUCCAGAUUAAGCUGGAUGUUGAGCCCACCGUGGACCUGGGCAGAGUGCUGGAGGACAUGAGGUGCCACUAUGAGGCCAUGGUGCAGACCAGCCGCAAUGAUGUGGAGGAGUGGUUCCAAGAUCAGUCUGAGAGCAUCAGCCAGCAGGACAUGUCCUGCUCUGAGGAGUUGCGGUGCUGCCAGUCGGAGAUCCUGGAGCUGAGACGCACGGUGAACGCCCUGGAGGUGGAGCUUCAGGCCCAGCACACACUGAAAGACUGUCUGCAGAACUCUCUGUGUGAAGCCGAUGCCCGUUUUGGCACGGAGCUGGCGCAGAUGCAGAUCCUGAUUAGCAACGUGGAGGAGCAGCUGUCUGAGAUCCGGGGUGACCUGGAGCGGCAGAACCAGGAGUACCAGGUGCUGCUGGACGUUAAGGCUCGGUUGGAGUGUGAGAUCAACACAUACCGGAAACUUCUGGAGAGCGAGGAUUGCAAACUCCCCUGCAAUCCAUGCUCCACUGCUGCCUCCUGUGUCACAUCCCCCUGUGCAACUCGUCCAAGCUGUGCCCUCUGCCCCACUUUUGUGUCCGGGUCAGCCUGUGGAGCCAAUACUGGGAGCCGGUUUUGAAUGCCCACGCACCAGCAGGGGCAGUUAAAGCAAGAGGAUGCCCAAGGAGAAAUGCUUUUUAUAUAUGCAGGCACUCGGUUUCUAACUAUUGCUGACUUUUUGUACGUAGAGGCCUUUCCAAAGGUGACAGAAUAUCAGGAGAAGUGGAAUCUUGGUUGGGAGGCUUCCUUCUCAGUUCCAGAUUUUCCCAGAUAAGUUUCAUGACCUCAGUGGCUGGAUCCCAACCACCAGUGGUGGCUUGGGAAUAUCUACAUUGAAGAUACUCAGGCAUAGGAUCAGAUUGAAAAAGUAUCUUGGGGAGAGGAUGGGGUGGGACCUGAAAUUGCAUUUGCAUUUCAAAACACCAAUUUUAGUUUGAAAAUUUCCAGUUUGUGGCCAGGAAAGUGAAGAACAAACUUCACUGUUUGGGAUUCCCUCCAACUGAUUCCAUCUAACAUCUGCAGCCUCAGAUAAUGGCUCCAGAGAGGGAGCAAAGGAACUAGAUACUACAUAUCUGACCACUUCCUCCUCUAUUUCCUUUCUCCUUUCAUCCUGCCUCCCUGCUUUUGAAGUGGCUCCAUUUCCUCUCUAGGGUAAGUUAAGAGCUUCCCUUGUAUCAGAUCUCAGCUCUCUCCACUCAGAGUCCUAUCUGACCAAAGGACCGGUCUUGCCUCUUGCUCUGUAAAGGGAACUUUCAGAUUAAAAAAAUCUCUCUUCUCUAGAAAUCUUGACUUUCUUAACUAUUGGCUGGCUACACCUCUCUUCAUCUAAUUUGACAGUAACAUUUGAACAAUGACUUUAUAUUUUCUAGUACUUUCUCCUGAAAUAUUAAAACCUAUUGAUUCAAUAGACCACACUGUUGGGCAUGAUGAUUUAGGGUAAUGGAAAAUAUAUCUACAAUAUUUCCAAAAUUUUUCUUCUUGCUUACCUUCUGUGCUCCCACCUUACGUCUUACCACUCUCUCCCUUCCUCACCACGAUGCCGCCACAUUGGCCAGUGUAUUCCUUGGGUGUCCCUGAGACUGGUCCCUGCUUUUCCUCCUCCCUAGAAUGCUUUCCUUCUCCUUACUACUCAGGGCUCAGAAGAAAUGUCACUCCCUCCAAGAGCUCCUGCUUGGCCAUCCGUCCACAAUGAUUACAGCCUUGUCACUCUCUGUCCUGCUUACUGUCACCAUGGUAGCCCUCAACAGCUAAAAUUGCCUGCUUCUCCAUUGUUUUCUCAUUAAAAUGCUUCUUGAAGAUCAGCAUUGUACACUGCUGCUUCCCCAGAGCCUAGCUCACUGCUUGAUAAAGAGUAGAUGCUUAAUAAACAUCUGUUAAAAGGAUGAAUGUGUCUUCCUGACUUUAUCUCUGACUUGUUAUGGGCCUUGAGAAUCAU